AGCAAAGAGGAAGAUGAAUGGAAAUGAACAGAAACAGUAAGUUCAAAAAAGCCGUCAAUGGAAGUCAAUUGCAUCCCGAUAACGACCCGUAAUUUCCCGAACCUUCUACAGUCAAAAUUGAAGUUUUUUCAACGAAAAUUCUCCAUUAAUUUUUAUAUGGUGCGAGGGAUAUUCGCCGGCUAACUAAAAGUUCUUUGCGUUACCGGCGUUAUUUUUCCGACGCUAUUAAACCCCUUGUUGAUAUGCUUCGUAAUUCGGAGUCAGUUGAAUAUAAUGAAGCUGCUCUUCUUGCGUUACUCAAUCUCUCCGUUAAGGAUGAAGGAAACAAGAAAAGUAUCAUAGAUGCUGGUGCCUUGGAACCCAUAAUUGGCUUUCUUCAAUCAGAGAAAGCAAGUUUACAAGAGCAUGCAACUGCUUCAUUACUCACAUUAUCAGCAUCUUCUGUCACGAAACCGAUCCUUACUUCUUUUGGUGUCAUCCCUCUACUUGUUGAUAUUCUAAGAUGCGGUAGCCCACAAGCCAAGGUUGAUUCUAUAAUCACUUUAUACAAUCUUUCAACUUCUCAAGGCAAUUUAACAUUGAUCCUUCAAACAGAACCAAUUUCUUCUAUAGUUACUCUGCUUAAAUCCUGUAAAAAGUCCUCAAAAACCGCUGAAAAAUGUACUGCUCUUCUAGAAUCUUUAAUGUCCUAUGACGAGUGUAGGAAAGCGUUGACAUCUGAAGAAGGAGGGAUACUUGCAAUAGUGGAAGUCCUUGAAAUCGGAUCUUUACAAAGCCGAGAACAUGCAUUAGGAGCUCUGUUGACAAUGUGUCAAAGUGAUCGAUGUAAAUACCGGGAACUAAUUCUCAGAGAAGGUGUAGUUCCUGGACUUCUUGAGCUAACUGUUAAAGGGACAACUAAGUCUAAAGAGAAAUCACAAACACUUUUAAGGUUACUGAGAGAUGCUCCGUACGAAAGGUCUCAGCUUCAACCCGAUACAUUGGAGAACAUUGUCUCUAACCUUAUAUCUCAGAUAGAUGGCAAGGAGCAAACUGGAAAAGCGCGGGGGUUGCUUGCUGAAGUGAUACAAGUUAGUAUGGAUCAAAGUUUGAGACGUUUACACCAAAGGCCAAUGGUAUGUACUCCAGUUGAUUUGUCUAUAGCCGGUGGUGCCUCUACGAUCUCUUCAACAUGAUACUGUUUCUCAUCUCUGAUAUCCUUUAAUCUUUCUUCCUGCAACCAUCAGUUUUUCGUGCUCGGAAAAUUAGAUAUACUAGACAAUGCCAGUUUAGUUAUUGAACUGAGACAGGCUUAAAUGGAGUGAUAUGACUAGUAAAGAUCCAUAUAGCCCAUCUCUAACCUGUUUGAGAUUGAGGCGUUGUAACUUUUUUAGAGAGUUCUUAGAGUUUUUGUUUUUAGAGUAGGUUUUUGUACGUCAGCAUCAUGAGUCCACUAGAUAUAAUUGGAACGAGUUGAGAUGUCUAAAUGUGCAUUUUCAAAAAUGGAGUGUUAAAUUAUUAGGAAUAUAUCUUUGAGGGGAAUAGCUAUAGAGCAUCGUUUUAGGGCUCUAAUUUCAUAGUUAUGUCUUUGUAAUUUUAUUUUUUUGGAUAUUAUUUGAUGUUAUUACUCUAUGUUCAAAAUAUUAGAUUAGAAAUGUAGAAGAUGUUGAAUGUUA